UACCUCAAGUACCAUCACUGCGUAAUGUUUGGACACUAGAAACCGAAAGUUAUUACAUCAGAGAUGAAAAACGAAUCUUAAGUGAGUGGACAGGAGCUGAUCAGCUGAGCGGGAGUGUAUAUAAAGAGCUGAGCUGAGGCUUUCCGUUCAGCUGUUGUGUGAGCAUCAUUGUUUACCUGAGCACGACUGCAGACUUCAAGUUAAGAGUUCAAGACUACAGUCAACAUGGAUAUAACUAUCACUAUGCUGGGGGAGUCCCUUAACCUGAGGGUGAACCCACAGGACACAGUUGGCUCUCUGAAAAUAAAAAUCCAGAGCAUGCUGGGAGUCGACCCCCAGAGGCAGAGGCUGGUUUUCAUAAACGGCCAGAAGACCCCUCUCAACGAUGACUCCAAACCCAUUAGCUAUUACGGCUUACAGCACGGCUCCCAGGUGUCCCUGCUGGUCACCGAGCCUCUUCCACCUGCUCCCAUCCAGGUCUUCCUCAAAAAUGAAAAGGGACAGCCGAGCACCUACGACAUCCAACCCGGCGAGACUGUGAGCAACUUCAAGAACAGAGUCGAGAGUAGAGAGGGCGUGCCAGCGAGCCAGCAGAUGCUCAUUCAUGAAAGCCGGGAGAUGCAGGGUGGCAAACUGGAGGACUACAACGUCAGAAACCACAGUACCAUCUACAUGACUUUACGUCUGAGAGGAGGCUGAGGACACUUGAACAUGAUUCAUACACCAGAAAAAAAUGUAUACUAUAGAAUCUUAAUAAAUUUGACUAAUCUUGUAUUUAAUAUUUUUAUUCACUGUUCUCAUUAUGUGUUCUGUAACAAGUUAGCAAAUCUGUGUUUUCAUUUGGCACAACGAACAACUGUAAUUCAUACAAAUCAGCAUUUUAUGGAUUCUGUCAUGACAAAUACAUGUUACCUGCACUGAUUACAGAGAAUAAAGUUUCCAAUACAA